AUGAGUGUGUGGACUAACGGAUCCUCCUCGGAGAUUCUUGCCGGGAAGGAGGCUCCUCUGCCGGGCUCCAACUCCUCCUUCCCCCCCACUCUGAAGCUGGUCCGGGCGGUGCCGGUCGGCCUGGUAUUGGGAUCCUUCAUCCUGUUCGCCAUCGUGGGGAACACCCUGGUCAUCCUGUCGGUGGUCUGCAAUCGACACCUGCGCACCCCCACCAACUACUUCAUCAUCAACCUGGCCAUCGCCGACCUCCUGCUGGGAACCACCGUGCUGCCGGUGUCCGCCACUCUGGAGGUCCUGGAUCACUGGGUGUUUGGCCGUGUGUUCUGCGAUGUCUGGGCGGCGCUGGACGUCCUCUGCUGCACGGCGUCCAUCAUGUCUCUGUGCGUCAUCUCCAUCGACCGGUACAUCGGGGUCCGGCGCCCGCUGCAGUACCCCAGCAUUGUGACGGAAAAGCGGGCGCUGCUCGCCAUGCUGGCCGUCUGGAUCCUCGCCAUCAUCAUCUCCAUCGGGCCGCUGUUCGGCUGGAAGCAGCCGCCGUCACAGGACGACUCGGUGUGCCGAAUCACGGAGGAACCGUUCUACGCUCUGUUCUCCUCGCUCGGAUCCUUCUACUUCCCGCUCUUCGUCAUCCUCUUCAUGUACUUCCGGGUCUACGUUGUGGCCAAACGCACCACCAGGAACCUGGAGGCCGGCAUGAUGAGGGAGUGGCAGGCGGGUUCCCAGGAGCUCACGCUGAGGAUCCACUGCAGGAACCAGAACCAGAACCAGGACCCGGGUCGCAGCGCUCUAAGCCUCAAACUGAUGAAGUUCUCCCGAGAGAAGAAGGCGGCGAAGACGCUGGGCGUCGUAGUCGGGAUGUUCAUCCUCUGCUGGCUGCCCUUCUUCCUCGCCCUGCCCAUCGGCUCCUUCAUCAGCAGUCUUCAUCCUCCUGAAACGUUCUUCAAAGUGAUCUUCUGGUUGGGAUACUUCAACAGCUGCCUGAACCCCAUCAUCUACCCCUGUUACAGCAGGGAGUUCAAACAGGCGUUCAUCCGGAUCCUGCACUGCCGAUGGCGUCGGAGGCAUCGUGGCUUCAAAAGUUCCUCCGGGUCCUCGUGUCGCAGUCAGCAGAACUCCGGCAGCUCGUCCUUCCUGAGCGGCAGCUGGCAGACACUGUCCAAAAGCCCCGCCUCCAGGCCCCGCCCCACAAGAAGCCCUACCUCCAGGCCCCGCCCCACGGGAGGCCCCGCCUCCAGGCCCCGCCCCACGGGAAGCCCCGCCUCCAGGUCCCGCCCUACGGGAAGCCCCGCCUCUAUAAUACGUUCUUCAUCAGAAUGA